AUGAAAUUCUUUGCUGUGUUUGCUGCUAUCGUGGCUGUUGCUGUUGCUGUCCCUUUGGAAACCUCAUGGACUUUGCAGGAACUCUCUGAAACUCUUAGCAACCCUCAUGUCAACCCCGCAAUAGUGCCCUAUCUCGAAGAUGCCCUUAACACCUUUAUGCAAGCUCUUCACGAUGGACAUAGUUUUGAGAGCAUAAGCGUUAUCUUGCCCGCCGACGUCGCCAUUUUUGAAUAUCCGGAAGUGGAGCCCGUCAUUCCUGCUCCUGUCCUUCCCGAGGCCGUUGAAAUUCCUUCACAGUUCAGCCCUCUAGUAAAGCUCAUAAUCAAUGUGAACAGUCAACAGGCUCCUGCACCCGUCGAAGUCAACCCUGUUGACGUCAUUGCUAUAAACCCCGUCGAUGUCGUCGCAGUUAACCCUCUUGCUAGAAACUAGAUACAACUUUUAUCAUAAAAAAAUAUAACUAUCUAAUAAAAAAAAUUCAAAACCUUGUCCAUAAUAAAUGAGUUAAUAUUAAACUAUUGUCAAUAUUGCAAUUUAAUGUUAUAAAUAUUUAUUUGUUAACUCUAUUUAUAUUUCUGUAUCGA